AGUAUGGUAACUGCAGAAGCCAGUCUGAUUCUUGGAACAUUAGCGCUUGCUUACUUUGUGCCACUGUCAAUGGCUUCUGAUGAAUUGGUUACCAGUCCUGUCACCAUUCCCCAGAAAUUGAGCGCUGCUAGCGCCCGAGUUUCUGUGAGCUCCACGAGCUGCAGUACUACCUGUGGCCUGGGCUACAAAGUAGAGGAAAUAUGUCAAGUUAAACCUACUGGGGAAAGGAGAGAUUGUAUCAAGCGGAGACUGGACUGCUUGAGCAACUGGAUCUGUGGGAUGGUGCAUUUCACCAUCCCUGUUGGUAAACCCUUUGAGCUCAGCUGCCUGACCACAGAGGAAAUUGGUCCAGAGACCCAGAGCUUUAGUUAUACAUGGAGGUUGGCCAGAGGUAUCAUCACCACAGACGAUGCUCUCUUCAUACCCUUCAAGACUCCAGGCUUUGUCAUUAAGUUUUCGCCCACUGAGGAAUAUGAUGCAGGAACAUACAGAUGUGAUGUGCAGCUCAUGAAAACAUACAAGAUUGUAAAGAGAAUCUAUUUUGGUCUUCGUGUGAUUCCUAGUCAUCUGGUGGAUCUAAACUUUGACAAAUCCUUGACUGAAGAGCAGAAAUUAGAAAUCAAGAAUGAAAAAAACCAACCAAAUGCUACUGCUGCUCCAGCCCAGAAACAACCACAGUCUUGGCGACAAAAAGCCGUGAUUGUGUUUCUGAUAGGCAUUGGAAGUGGGGUGGUAGGAGGGGUCUUGUUGCAUACCCUUCUGUACCGUUUGCUGAAAAGUCCUGCUGACUAUGAACAUGUGGAAGAAUGAAAUGCACUUUUUUGUACUCUUGCUAUUGGAUAAUAUCUCUGUUGAUUCGCUAUGUGAAGGUGUAGGUCAACGAGACAUUGAAUUUAUAACUCCAACUCAGUUUUCCCCAUUUUUAAACUCUUAUCAGGAGAUGAUCACAUUUCUUUUUUUUAACUGUCUGGAGGAGGUCUAACUUUACCUUAGUCACAUGCUGUGUACCUGAUGCACAUUAGUUCCAUCAAUGCUUAUCUGUGAAUAAAAAAGAAAUGAUCU